AGGGGAGCCAGCCUCGGAGAAAGAGUGUAGUUUAUAAAACCGCAUUGGGAAGGCACACAUCAACCUACCAGCAAAACAAAGCGGACUUUGCAACUGGGUGCUCAUUUAAACGUCGCAAGCCUUUGAACUUCAGGACCCCAACCCUCUGAGUCCUCUCCAGUCUUCUGCUGUCAGGGUGAUGUCAGCAGUCUCUCUUGUGCGUCUGGCAAGAGGCAGUGGGCCUCACAUGGGUCGUAGUGGUCUCUUACCCCUGGGCCUGGUUCCAUAUCUUCUCCAACAGGACAACCAAUUACAGUGCACUAUUUUACGGAGGCACUUCUACUGCCCCUCAAGAUCGCGACCCAGCAAUACACGUUUUGACCCAGAUAGCAGUGGACAACCCACCACGUGGGACUCAUUUGGCAUCUGGGACAACCGUAUUGAUGAACCCAUCUUGCUGCCACCUAGCAUCCGGUAUGGCAAGCCCAUUCCCAAAGUCAGCCUUUCCAAGGUGGGCUGCGCUUCACUUAUCGGCCAGCGCAAGGAGAAUGAGGAUCGCUUCCAAGUCUCCCAGAUAACUAACAACAUCCUCUACUUUGCUGUGUUUGAUGGUCAUGGUGGGCCAGAAGCUGCCGACUUUUGUGACAAGUACAUGGAGAAACACAUUAAAGACUUGGUUGCAGAAGAAGACAACUUAGAAUUGGUUUUAACAAAAGCCUUCCUGGAAGUUGACAAGGCUCUUUUAAAGCACUUCCACCUCUCUCCAAGUGCAACUGGGCUGAAUGCAGGAUCUACCGCUACUGUGGCCUUGCUGAGAGAUGGCAUUGAGCUGGUGGUGGGCAGUGUGGGUGACAGUCGAGCCAUGUUGUGCCGCAAGGGCAAGGCCCUCAAACUUACUGUUGACCACACACCUGAGAGGAAGGAUGAAAAAGAAAGGAUAAAGAAGAGUGGAGGUUUUGUGACCUGGAACAGUUUGGGGCAGCCACAAGUUAACGGCAGGUUGGCCAUGACGCGGAGCAUUGGCGACUUUGACCUUAAGAAUAUGGGGGUCAUUGCUGAGCCGGAGAUCAAGAGGAUUUCGUUGCACCAUGUCCACGACUCCUUCCUGGCACUGACCACAGAUGGCAUUAACUUCAUCGUGAACAGCCAGGAGAUCUGCGAUGUCAUCAACCAGUGCAGUGAUCCUAAAGAGGCAGCCCAAAGGAUUUCUGAACAGGCUCUCCAGUACGGUGCUGAAGAUAACAGCACAAUUAUUGUGGUUCCCUUUGGUGCCUGGGGAAGACACAAGACCUCUGACACUAGCUUUUCCUUCAGCCGAAGCUUUGUGUCCAGUGGCCGCUGGGCAUAGUUAGCAGGAUGUUGGCCUGGGAGGUCUGGAGUGGUCCAUCCACCCCAAUUAAUGUGCAAUACAGUCUUUUCAUUUCUAACUAUGGCGUCCAUCUGGGUGCAUUACAAAUAACACGGUGAGCACAAAUUCUAGGUAAUGCCUUAGGGAAACAUGUUAUUUGAAAUAGCAUGGCAUUUUAUUGGCUUCAGUGGAAUCAGAGCCAGCAGGUUCCAUGUGUGCAUUUGAAUGGAGUAAAUACUUUUCCUUCAAAGAUUUUGUUCUGAUAGAAAGUCAGACCUUCGAGAUGGUGGGUAGAGACAAUAAGUUGAAUGAGACAGUUAUUGAUGGUGGUUUGCCAGCUACAAAAAAAAACAACCCACAAUUUGUCCAGAAGCUUGUUCUGUAUUAGCUGUGAGAAUUUGGAGACAAGUAUAAAAGGAAAGAAUUUUUUUAAACAAAAUUGCACUAAUUUAUUUUUGAGUUCCAUUGGAUAACUUGUUUUAUGGGUUGUACUCAAUAAUAUAGUGCAAACUAUUUGAGGAUUUUAAUCAAUGUUAAGUUCAGAUCAUCAUGUUCUGUAUAGAUGGUAGAAGAAAAAUAACUGACUCAUUGAAGGGCACAUAUCAUGGAAAGUUGAUUUGCACUUGAAAGAUUGGAAAAAAUGCAUAACUGAUGCACAAAUCUGGCUCCAUUACCCUGGUAAAUACCUCCAUUAUUGUGGUGAUUUUCAUAAACUGGAAUCUUGUCAAUGAGGACGUUAAACUGCAGAACCCAUUUGAACACAUACAGUAAACAAAGACAUACUCAUGGGAAAUGGAUUGUAGUUAUUGUAGAUAUGCUGAUGAGCCAAAACAUUAUGGCCUAAUAUGCUAAUGGUCCUCUGUGUGCUGCCAAAACAGUGCCAGCCCGCCAAGAAAUGGACUCUACAAGACCCCUGAAGAUGUCUUGUGGUAUCUGGCACCAAAACAUUAGCAGCAGAUCCAUAAGUCCUGUAAGUUGCGAGGUGGAGCCGCCAUGGAUCAGACUUGUCAGCCCAGCACAUCCCACAGAUGCUUAAUUGGAUUAAGAUCUGGAGAAUUUGGAGGCCAGGGUAACACCUUGAACACUUCAUCAUGUUCCUCAAACCAUUCCCAAAAAAUGUGUGCGGUGUGGCAGGGUGCAUUGUCCUGCUGAAAGAGGCCACUACCAUCAGGGAAUACCAUUGCCAUGAAGGGGUGUACCUGGUUUGCAACAAUGUUUAGGUAGGUGGCACAUGUCAAAUUACGUCCACAUGAAUAGCCGGACCCAGGGUUUCCCAGCAUUGCCCAUAGCAUCAUACUCCCUCCACUGGCUUGCCGUCUUUUUACAGUGCAUCCUGGUGCCAUCACUUCCCCAGGUAAACGGUGUACACAUACAUGGCCAUCCACAUGAUCUAAAAGAAAAUGGGACUCAUCUGACCAGGCGACCUUCUUCCACUGCUCCAAGGUCCAGUUCCGAUGCUCGUGUGCCCAUUUUAGGCGCCUUCGAUGGUGGACAGGGGUCAUCUUGGGUACUCUGACCCCUCUGCGGCUACGCAGCCCCAUAUGCAACAGGAUGCAAUGGACUGUGUGUUGUGAUACCUCCUGUAACCAUCAUAAUUAUUUUCUGUGACUUGUGCCACAGUAGACCUAUUGUCAGUUUGGACUAGACAGGAUAGUUCAUUGCCCUCGUGCAUCGAUGAGCCUUGAGCAUCCAACACCCUGUUGCCAGUUUGUGUUUUGUCCCUCCUCAGACCACUGUUGGUAGGUACUCACCACUGCUGACCGGGAGCACCCUACAAGCCUUGUCGUUUCAGAGAUGCUCUGACCCAGUCAUCUGGCCAUAACAAUUUGCCCCUUGUCAAAGUCGCUAAGGUCUUUCUUUACUCCCGCCCAUUUCUCUUUCAUCCAACACGUUGACUACAACAACUGAUUGUUCACUUACCAUCUAAUCUACCCAGACCUUGAUAUGUGCUCUUGUUUGAGGAUGAUUCUUAUUCAGUUCACCUGUGAGUGGUCAUAAUGUUUUAGUUCAUCAAUGUAUAAUUGUUGGUAUUACCUUCUCUACAUGUUGUUGCAUUAUACUAUAUAGGAAAUUUCAGCACCCACGCCUGGUUUAGCCCAUAUAAGCUUUGGCCUGGACUAUGAAACUUAAUCGGAUUUCAAUGUUUCAUAUGGUUCACCCCUUUUAAUGGAUGUAAUUUCCAAGGUGUUCACAUAUACAGAGUUCCUGCCUGGUUUUCAUUCUGAUAUGUUGUACUAAGAAGUCCUUUGAUGGCUGUCCUCAAAGUCCUGAUGGUUGGUAGGAAAUUUAAAGAAACCUGACGUCAGUGCCAAAGUGAAGUAGUAGACUUGCAGAAUGAAGCCAGACAAUGCUGUUCAGACAUGGGGCGUUCCAGUGGAUGAAUGUGACAUCUGCAGACAUUAAGUCACAUUUUUCCGUGAUGUAUAAAUUAACAAAAUUAUUGUAAUUUGCAGCAGGAUUUUUAUCGGAGCUGAUAGUUUUGCUUGUCUACUAAAAGUGCUUUGGGUACAGAAAUAUGCUAUUUUAAGUGUUUAGUAAAUUGUAUUAUAUAUAUAUAUCUAUAUAUAUAUAGAUAGAUAUGUAAAAUAAAUACAUAAUGUGUUUUAUUAAAUAGGGAAAAUAGUUAUCAAUGUAUUAGGUGAAUUACAUGGCUUAUUAAGCAUCCCAUGUACCAAAAUAACUUGACAGUACUGUGCACUGCACUCAUGGUUCUUUCUCCCUGUCACUCAUGUUUUACUGUACAAACUUGCUUGAAAUAUUAAUGUAUCACUAUACAUGUUUAAAUUUUGGUACAAAAGAAGCAACUCCCUGUCUGUGAUACCGAUAUUUUCAUAGGACAAAGUGAAGAAUGCAACAGUAGAGAUAAAGAUAGCGUAGCCGUAUCUGACCAGUGAAUGUAUGUGGAAAUGCCCUCUGACUUAACUAUAAUCAAGUCCUGCAAAAAAAAGGACCUGUAAGGCCGUUUCCUUCUCAGUUAAUGUUUUCUCAUCUAACAGGAAUCAGUGUUCUCCUGCUGACUGUUUGUGGUGAACUUGCGUUCGGUUUAGGUUCCUGGUUACAGAAUGGCAACACAGUGUCAUAAUUGCCAGUGCUGUUAAAAUUAGAGCCAUAAUCAAUCUAUUUACAAAACUUGUAAUGUUGUAUAUGUUUGAUGUUAUUUUUCUCUGACAUCCAUGUAUUAGUCUUUCCUCUUUCACAUGCAGAUUGUAACCUCAGUUUGUAGGACUUUGUCACUCUUCACAAGUUCUCAGCCAUUUUUAUCUUUUUAUUUAUUUAUUUUUUUUCCUGUAUUGUUUUUUGAAAGCUGCUGUGCAACCAUAUUGGCGUGUAGCUGUAGACCUACUCUUAGGGUCCAAAAACCAACUACUUCAUCCAGAUUCUGUUGUCGCACUGUAUUUAAAGUCUUAAUAAACUGGGACUCUAUCUGUGACUUUUGUGAUAAACUGUUAAAUACUUAACCAAAUAAAAGUUCUA